GCCGACGACGCCGACGACGAUGACGAUGUCGGAGAAUUGCUGAGGACCUUCAAUAUUAAGAUUCCCCGGAGAUACUGGAUGGCUAAGCAGCUUGGCUGGCUUUGGAAGAAGGACGUGCCGAAAAAUGACUACCACUUCUUUAAAGAGAGCUUCCGCAUGGAGAGGUCGACAUUUGACAUGCUGGUCAGCCGACUAGAGACCUUGAACAAGAAGGACACAAACUUCAAAAACGCUAUUCCACUGAAUAAAAGGACAGCGAUAGCCCUGUACACUCUGGGUUCGACGGCUGAGUACCAAGCAGUUGGCAGAUUGUUCGGCGUUUCUCCAAACAGUGUCUGCAAUAUUCUCCACGAAUUUUGUAGGGCUAUUGUUUUGGAGUUUACGGAUGAGUAUAUGACGCCGAACUUUCUAACCGAGUCAAAAAUCGACGAGUAUGUGCAGGGCUUUGAAGCCAUCGGUUUUCCCCAGUGCCUUGGAGCGAUUGAUGGAUGUCACAUUGAAGUAGAGCCACCAGCAGCAGAGGCCACUGACUAUCAUAACUACAAAGGCUGGAACUCGGUUGUGCUUCUUGCUUUGGUUGAUUACCGUGACAGAUUCAUGUUUGUAGAUAUCGGUUCUCCAGGUGGUUGUAACGACUCAUUUAUAUUUCAAAGAUACACGCUUUGCGAGAUGAUAGACUCGUGCCAAUUGCUGGACUCCAAGUCAAAGGAAAUAUGUGGAGUUAACGUUCCCAUUUUUCUGAUUGGAGACUCAGCAUUUAGGUUUUCUCCAAAGCUAAUGAAGCCGUACCCAUUCUCGACAGACGCAUCAUUGGAAAAGAGAACUUGUCCAAAGCAAGGCGAGUUGUCCAGGCGUUCGGCCAGUUGAAGGCCAGAUUUCGACGCGUUGACAACGGACU